AUGGAGGAAGAAAAGAAGAAAAGUGUGAAACUUGUAGGGUAUUGGCCGAGCCCUUUUGCUCAUAGGGUGAAAUGGGCAUUGAGGCUCAAAGGUAUUCACUAUGAAUAUAUAGAAGAAGACAUCUUCGACAAAACCCCCCUUCUUGAUCACAUCAAUCCUCUCUACGGAAAAGUGCCCGUUCUUAUUCAUGGGAACAAACCGUUGCCCGAGUCGACCAUCAUCAUUGAGUACAUCGACCACAUAUGGAGCCAUAAUCCGCUCUUCCCUAAUGAUCCCCUUGAGAGAGCUCAACUUCAAGUUUGGGCCAAAUUUAUCGAUCAGAAGAUUCUUUGGGCAUCUUGGUUGGCAUAUUGUACCGAAGGCGUGAAGCAAAAAAAUAUUAUAGAAAAGAAAGCAAAAGAGAUCAUCGUUGCGAUGGAAAAACUCGAAAAAAAAAUUGAAGGGAAGAGAUUCUUUGGAGAAGAUACAAUUGGAUAUUUGGAUUUAAUCGUUGGAUUUGUUGCCUACUUAUUACCGGUAAUUUGGGAGGACCUCGGCUCCACGAAAUUAAUCUUGGAUCCGGUCAAGUUUCCGGCUAUAUUUGCAUGGACAAACAACUUCAUGAAUCAUGAAGUAAUUUGCGCUGAGCCUCUUCCAUCGAGGGCCGAGAUGCUUAACUUAAUCCGGCGGCGGCGAGAAAGUUUGCGCGGGAUAUAUACCUUUUAA